AUGGAGAAUACAGCAUCUGAAGCUGUGGACGCCUCCUCCGGCACUCUUCGCACGCGCAUUCUCUUGGAAGUUCUCCUGGGCAUCUGUCGCGAUGCCGCGGGCGCUGUCGACGACCCUGAUGGACUAAAUGACGUCAAGCGAGCUGUCUAUCGGUCGCUUAUGCUGAAAAACUGCGAGCGCGAACCACUGGAUGCUGAGCCGACCGGAGACGACGAGCCUUCGUAUGUUGAACGUCUCUUGGGUCCUGCGAUUACUCCCGAGAACCUUGAGCCUCUAUACGACGAGAUUAUCGAUUCGCUAAACGCCACCCUGGAUUCAAUAUCGAGAUUUGCCACUGGCCACGACCCUGAUGCUACUGAGACAGACGACGCCAAGCUAGAAAGACUCGGCGAUGUGUACGACGUAAUCAAAGCCCAGCACGAUGCUCUCGAAAGCGACACCGACCAAAUCCGUCAAGCGCACCAGCACAUACGACAGCUAGAGAAAGACAUCGAGGAGGUGAAGAACUUCGUGCCGUCGAAGUUACUCAGUCUGCUCAAACGCUCUCAGAUCCACCCUCGUUUGCAUGCAUCUCUUGUAGAAGCCAUCCAGACUCUUCCUCCAGUGCUGCACACCAAACGAGAAGCCUCGCAUGAUCUACUUGCCACCACAAUCGAAACGCUCCUCAUCAAGCUCUCCGUCCUCCGCGCGCGUGCUCAGCAAGCCGUUUAUGGGCCACCAGAGCGACGCCAGGCCCUUGAGGCCGCGUACGCCAAGUUGAAGGACGAUGAGGCGAAAUUAGCGGAAGAGGAGGCUGUAAUGGAUCGGCAGAUACGCGACUACGAGGCUGCGCUGAAGAUUGGGGGCGCGUCCGGGUUCAAGCAAAUCGUGGACGACUAUGCGCGCGUGCAGAGGGAUACAGAAGAAUGUAGGCGUGAUCUGCGGCGCUUAGGGUGGGCGGGGGAUUGA